AUGAGAGACGGGCCGUCUACCUGCCAGAAUACCUCUAAUGACUGCCUUGACUACCCUUCACUGACCCUGUCCCUCCCACCCCUCCCAGAGAGGGGUGACGAGGAGGAGGAAAGUGUGUAUGGAUUGGCAACACCCACAUCCAAGGAACCAAGCUCUGGGAGGGAGUCAGAGGAGUGGAGCCAAUGGCAGGGGGAGUUCAGAGGUCAAAUCCGAGCCCUGCGACACUGGCUGAAGAGCAUGGAGAUGAGGCUACCUCCUCUGGACCAUACGCUGCAAAGUGAUGGACAUUCUAGUUCAGACCAAGAUUCCAGCUUGGAUCGUUGGAGGGGAACGAGAUCUGUCUUGACUCUGAGAGAUGAUUUUGCAGAUUCUGAAACGUUCCAUCAAUCCCUGGAAGCACUGUUGACCUGGGUCUGUGAGAUAGAGGAGCUGACUGCCAAUCAGAAGCCUCCAUCUUCAGAGGUCAAAGUAGUGAAAGCACAGCUGCAAGAGCAGAAGCUCCUGCAGCGUCUCCUGGAGGACCGGAGGCAUAGUAUGGAGACCAUGAUGCUGGAGGGCCCUCAUAUGGCCGAGGCCUUCCCAGGGGAGGAGGGGGAGCAGGCCAGGGUCCAGCUCUCCACGCUCAGACACAAAUGGGAGGCCUUACUGGUAGAUGCGGUGAACAGGCGGGGCAAUCUGGAGCUCAUCCUGCCCAGGGCCAAGCUCUUCCAGGAGAGGGUGGACAGCCUGCAGCAAUGGCUCAUCUCUGUGGAGCAGGACCUGGCCAAGCUACGCAAUGCUGAGAGGGAAAUGCUACACCUCCCCGAGGGUACGGAGGAAGCCAAGGCUGUGGUGGAAGAGAUCAAGGCGAAAAACGCUGACUUGGUGAAAAUUCAACAGAGCGGUCAUGACCUCAAGGAGAAGAUUUCAGAAGAGGAGGCCCAGCAGGUGCAAGAGCGUGUGGACAGCCUGAGGAUACGCUGCUCGGUGUUGAGCCUGACCAGUGGUGACGUGCUGCAGAGACUGGAGCAGGCCCUGGAGGCAUCCAGCCGCUGCACCUCCAGCCAGGAAGACCUCCACCUGUGGCUGGGCCGCAUCGAGAGGGAACUGCUGGGGCCUGCUGGGGGGCAGACUGGGGGUGGAGACACGGCGCUCUGUGCUGCAGAGAGACAGAGGUUGGAGCAGGCUGUGGUGAAGGAGAUGGCCUGGUUCAGAGACACUGCCCUAGGCCUGGAGCAACUCAAAGCCAUUACUCUGGAGCCUGAGCUAAUCUCUGACCAACUCUAUGAACAGAAGAUCCUUGCGGUGGAGAUUCUGCAACAUAAGUUCAACAUUGAGAAGAUGGUGAAGAUCGCUGAAAUCUUGCAGACAUACGGCGAUGAAGGGGAGAUAAGGGAUCUGCAGACCCCGUUGGAUGCCUUACAGGAACAAUGCAACACCACAUCAGCCACCAACUCCCAUGUGGUCCUGCAGCUGGAGCAUGCCCAAUCCCUCUUGGUUCAGUUCACUGAGGGCUUUGCUGAGGUGUCACCAUGGCUACAGGAAACCCAAGCACUCAUUGGCCAGCUCUCCCUGAGCACCAUUAGCUACAAGGCAUUCCGAGAACAACAGGACCUCUUACAGGGCCUAAGGGAGUCCAUAGCAGAGCAUAGACCUCUGAUAGCACGGCUGUGCUCGCUGGGGAAGCGUCUGUCAGAGCUUAGUCCCGCCCAGGGGGAGGAGUUCUGUCAUAGCGCCACAGAGGCUGAGGAGCAGCACAGGGCCAUCAGGGACAGGGUCAGAGAGGCUGCCAAUCUGCUGGAAGAGUCCCUGCCAAGAUACACACAGUUGAAUGAGAGGAUGACGCUGAUUAGAGAGAGUCUGGAUCGUCUGCUUGGCCACAUGCAGUCCCCAGACUCUCUGCAGGGCCACACCCCGCGCAUCCAGGAGCAGCUACAGGACAACAAGCACACCCUGGCUGAGCUCUCCAAGCUGGAGCUGGGGCUGGGGAGUGUCCGGACCCAGGCUGACGAGCUCCUGGCCAACACGCUGGCAGCUGGGGACGCCUCCAUCGGUACAGCGAUCCAGGAGCAGGUGUCCAGCCUGACCCAGCUGUGGGAGGAGGCUCAGACGCAGGCUCAGGAGAGAGAUGGCUGGCUGCUCAAUCUGCUGGACCUGGCUCUCAAGUUCUGGAGCGAUGUUAGUGACGUGGCGGCCGGCCUGAACGAUGCCCAACAGGCUGUCCUGGACCUGAACGCCAGUAGGACAGACUCAGAAACCAUCCGCCAGAGCCUGGAUACCAUGCAGACACUCAGGAAGGACAUUGACAGUCUACAGGGGGAGCUGGACACGCUUGGCAUUCUGGGAAUGGACCUGAUGUCAGCAUGUGGGGAUACAGACAAACCUGAUGUCACCAAGAGCCUAGAUGAGCUCUACUGCACAUGGAACAACCUGAGUAAACUCUGGAGUGAGUGUCACAAAACGCUGGAGGACUCUUUACAGAUGGCUCUACACUACCAGGACACCAUACAGGGGCUUUUCGAGUGGCUCAAGUCAGCAGAGCUGAGAUCCACAGAGGAGUUCUUGGUAGGAACUGACCUGGAGUCAGUCAAAGAGCAGCUGUGUGAUCUCAAGGAGUUUAAACGGGAGCUGUACCAGAAGAAGAUCGAGGUGGAGAGCCUGAACCACCGCUUCGUGUGCAGGCUGUCUCCAGGCUCUGAGCGUCCCGGAUCCGUCUCUCCCCUGUGUGACUUCAGACAGCGCUGGGACAGCCUGGAGGCAGAGACCGUCAGCAGACAGCAUCAGUUGGAGUGUGCUCUGCUGGGUCUGGGUCAGUUCCAGAACACUCUGGACGAGCUGCACACCUGGCUCUCCCACACAGCCGACCUCCUCCAGGGCAGCCGCCCAAUCAGCAUCGACCUGCAGGCAUGCGAGAUAGAGCUGGCCAAACACAAGGUGCUGCGUAAUGACGUCAUGUCCCACGUGCGUACGGUGGAGUCUUUGAACCAGGCGGGGCGGGGCCUGUUGGAGGUGGGGACUGGGGACAGCCCUCAUGGUCUGCACCUGCGGCUGGAGCAGCUGAACGAACGCUGGGAGUUUGUCCGCUGUGAGACAGAGCGCAGACAGCUACGGCUGGAGAACAACCUCAGUCAGGUCCAAGAUGUUACCAUGGAGAUCCAGGACCUUCUUCAGUGGUUGGAGAACACAGACCUGAGACUGUCCUCCAGUAAGACAGUGUGGGGGAUGCCGGACUCUGCCAGCGAGAGGCUCAACGCACAUCUGGAACUGUGUAAUGAGAUGGACUCCAAGCUCCAUGCCUACACAGACGUGAGGAAUGCCAUCCGCAGGAUGUUGGAGAGCAGCAAUGUGACCCGGGGCUCCAGCACGGAACACAGCCUCUGUAUCCUAGAGCAGAAGUGGACUACCGUCUACGGGAAAGUACAGGACCGCAAGGCUAAGCUAACCGAAGGGUUGAGCCUGGCGAAGGAGUUCCACUGUAAUGUCCAGGAGCUGCUGACCAGGAUGGCCAAGUGUGAGGAGGCCAUAGGAGUCCUGCCUUUCCCCAGCUUUGUCCUGGACACAGUCUGUGGCCAGCUGCAAGACCACAGGACUCUGGUGAGUGAGGUGAACUGCUACGGUGAGAAGAAGACAGUGGUGGAGACUGCAGGCUCCAGGCUGACCGAGUUGAGCAGGAAGGAGGACUGUGACGUGGUUCACAACCUGAUCAUGACCGUACACGACCGCUACAGGAAACUUCACCAGCGAGCCACAGAGAGGGGCCGAACACUAGAGGACGUCAAGAAGAAUGCAAAACAGUUCAGUGAAUCUUGGCGCCUCCUAGUGGACUGGAUGACUGAGGUGGAGCAGACGCUGGACACACAUAAAGAGAUUGCUGUGGACCACGAGGAAAUUAAACUGCAGCUCACCGAACAGAAGGAUGUCUUCCAAGGCCACUCUGGGCGGGGCCUCCAUGAGAGGUCUCAGAGCGCCCAGGACAGACAGCACCUGGAGAACCUGCUCUCUGAGCUCCGGGACUCAUGGGAUACCAUCAGUGGCAAAUCCUUGGAAAGGCAACACAAACUGGAGGAAGCACUGCUGUUUUCAGGCAGAUUCACAGACGCCCUUCAAGCCUUGAAUGACUGGUUAUACAGAGCAGAGCCACAGCUGGCUGAAGACGUACCUGUCGGUGGGGAAAAAGACACGGUCAACAAUCUGAUCGACAAGCACAAGGUGUUCCAGAAGGAGUUGGGGAAGCGAGCCGGGUGCAUUAGGACCCUGAAGCGCUCGGUGAGGGACCUGACCAGGAGCAGCACUGCUGAUGCCCAUUGGUUGCAGGAGCAGAUGGACGAAUUGGAGGCACGCUGGGAGGACGUGUGUAAACUGUCCGUAUCCAAGCAGGCCAGGCUGGAGGCAGCCCUUCAACAGGCUGAGAAGUUUGACAGGCUGGUCCACUCCUUCCUGGAGCAUCUGGCGGAGGCAGAGAGGGUGCUGAGGUACGGGGUCAUCCCUGAGGAGGAGGAAGCUCUGCUGGCCUUCCGCAAACAGCAUGAGGAGUCAAUCACUUCCCUGCGCUCCCAGGAGAUGGAGCUAGAGAGCAUCCGGUGUCUGAAUGAGGAAAUCCUGUCCUCCUGUCACCCAGACUCCAUCAUCACACUCAAGUCCUGGAUCAGCGUCACCAAGACCCGCUACGAAGAGGUGCAGACUUGGGCCCAGCAGCAGGGCCAGAGAAUCCAGGCCAGCCUGUCUGCUCUGGAGGCUGAGCGGGAGAAGCUACAGUGCCUACUGGACUGGAUCUCAUCCGCCGAGGAGGCCCUCAACCUCAGAGACCAGGAGCCACCGGCUGAGAGCAUAGAACACAACCAGGAACUCAUCGCCAAACACAUGGUAUUCAUGGAGAAGCUGAACCGAAAACUACCAGAGGUUGAACAUGCCACAAAAUCCUGCAAAGAGAAGCUGAUCCCCAAACAGCAGGCUUCACCGUGCCGCAAGGCACUGACAAAGCGGAGGAGCACUCUGAAACUCCAGCCUACAGUAAUCCCUCUCCCCCUGGAGAACCUGGACCCUCAGACCCCUCAGCUGUGUCAGCUGGUCAGCCACUGGCAGAAACUCUGGCUCCUGGCUCUGGCCAGACAGGGCCGCCUAGAGCAGCACGAGCAGGGACUCCAAGAGAUGGAGGAAUUUGCGAAUUUCGACUUCAACGUCUGGCGAAAGCGCUACAUGCAGUGGAUCAGCCACCUCAAGUCUCGGAUCCUAGAUGUGUUCCGAAACAUCGACAGGGACCAGGACGGACGAAUCAGCAAGAAGGAGUUAAUCGACAACGUCCUGGCAUCCAAAUUCCCCACCAACUCCCUAGAGAUGAAUGCAGUGGCCAAUAUCUUUGACAUGAAUAGGGACGGCUUCAUUGACUACUAUGAGUUUGUGAGUGCCCUCCAUCCCAGCCGGGAUCCCUACAGGAGGACGCUAGAUGCAGAUCAGAUCAACGAGGAGGUGGGUCGACAGGUGUCUCAGUGCAACUGUCCCAAGAGGUUCCAGGUGGAGCAGAUCAGUGCCAACCGCUACAGGUUUGGGGAUUCCCAACAGUUGCGGAUGGUGCGUAUCCUGCGCAGUACCCUGAUGGUACGGGUGGGAGGAGGCUGGACAGCACUUGAUGAAUUCCUGGUCAAGAACGACCCUUGUAGAGUGAAAGGUCGGACGAACCUAAAGAUAAAGGAGAAGUACUUGUUCGACAACUCUCGGAGAGGAGGCUCAUCUAAAACCCUGAUGGUCAGCAGGUCCAACUCCAGCCUGAGUCUCUACAGCAGCGCCUCGGCUCCUAGCAGCCCCCUAACACGCAAGGCCUUACUGCGGAGGAGUCUCUCAGGUGACCGCUGCAUCCGACCCAGGAGCUCCAUAGCUGCUCUGGGGUCAGAUCUACAGUUCUCCACUGCGGGGGAUGACGAUUCUCUUUCACCAUCAGAGGAAGCUGAAAGACUGCCCACAUGAUGAGGAAGGUAUGUCCACAACGCGCAUCAUGUGAACGCUACAGUGAUGAGCUCCACUACAGCCUUUGGGUCCAGAGAGAGAGAGAGAGAGAGAGAGAGAGAGAGAGAGAGAGAGAGAGAGAGAGAGAGAGAGAGAGAGAGAGACAGAGAGAGAGAGACAGAGAGACCAACAAGACAAGGCCUCAGUCACAAACUUCACAACCUUCAGAAAGUGAUACAAAAAGGGCCAGAUACACUAUUGGACACUGUGUUUGCAGGCUCUCUGGAGAGCCUUCGAUUGGUCAGCUAGGGAUCUGGACAUGACCUCUGACCUAAACCUGGACAUAACCCACUACUCUCCUCUCUGAGUCGUUAUAUUGACAUAGUCAUCAUUUCGAUCGUCUGAACAACUUCGAUACUGGCUUUCCGAAUAUGACAGUAUCCGAGGAUAAAGAUAUUGGAACAGUCUGCAUGGAUACGAAUUGCAUGACGGCUAUCGACAAAGCUUACAAUCUACAACAUUUGUUUUACCCCUGCACCCUUAUAAUGAUGUCAGGGCAAGCUGCGAUCAAGCAACGGUGUGUCCUAAAGCUGUCUCAAUACUCUGCAAGAACAAACGCGUGCAUUAGCAACUGGAUCAUGGUUUUCUAAGCCAUAUGAAGGCAGGGUUUCAUCAGCGACCGUCAUAAUUAGUUCCCUUAUGUUACUGUGUGUACUGCAUUUCUCCUUUGAAGUAAGUGGGUCUGUAAAAUGCGCUCAAAUGCAAGUACGUGAAGUUGUGCUAGUAGACGCUGUAUUUAGUAACAAGACACAGACCGUCCAAAGGAUGAUGCCAAAGCCUACAGAGCCAAUGGUUCCAUCAUCUUUCACCGUUGUAAUUAUUUUCCCAUGACAUAAUAGGAAACACUAGCCUGGUCCCAGAUCUGCUUGUACUGUUUUCGCCAAUAGCGUCCAUAGGAGUUUGCAAGCCAGCACAAACAGAUCUGGCACCAGGCUAAGGAAAAACUGCUGGCGGGGCCACAUUGCUGUUUCAAGUUACAACUUCAACCUAAACAGAUGCUACACUGUCAGUGUAAAGGUUUCUUUUUAACGUCCUGUACGUAUUGUUUUAAAUGCUACAUUUUAAGGUCAAAACAUGUAUGAAGAUGGGCAUGGGUCAUUGUUUUGUUGAGAUUAUUUUCUCAGGUUUGGUUUUGCCUUUUGAUGUUUAAGGGUUGAAUGUCUACGUGGAACAUUACUGUGAGAUUGUAGAUGUACUUUUUAUGUCACCGCUGAGAAGCCACUGGAGGUUUUAUAUGGCGGGACAUUUGAAGGGCAAGUUGUGUUCUUCACACAUUAACUUCUCCUCAUGGAAUGCACUUUUUCUUUGGUUUGGUUCUGUAUGUGUGUGUCACUUUUUGCGAUUUAAUUCACUUCGUUUCAGUGUUUAGGACUAGAGAAAUAGACGGGAGUUUAUUUGAUUUCUGAUGAACAACUGUAGGGUUUCACGGGGUGUGGCCCUCCCAAAAUACAAAAGUGUAGUUCUCAAUGAGAUCUUGGCUUUCUUUCCUCCAUUCGGUCUUAAUUCGGACUAUUUUAGGCAAAGCAACACAUUCAUUUAUGUCUCUUUCCUCCUUUUGAGCCUAGGCAUAAAAGCAAAAUGUCCCACCUAUAGCAAACGUUCCUCACGUGUGUCUCAAACAAUUACACCUCUGCAUACAACAACUGUCAGACAGAGGAUUGAUGCCGCUCACCAUGACUGUGCCGGUGCUACAAUUCAUAUCAAUAUUAUAAACCCAAAAGAAAACUGUAUAUCAUGUGACCCGCUCAGACAGAUGAGGUGUGAGGCUUGAGGCUGACAAUGUCCUAAAAUGGACAACGUACAAAUAUUUUGUCUAUAGGUGGCAUCUGGACUUGUCCCUGCUUAAUCUUGUAUCAUGCUUGCCUUCUCUAUGGUUUACUGUAUAUCUGGUAAAUUGUACCACUGUAAGCAAGUGUGUGUAUGUUACCACUGUUAGCACGUGUGUGUAUGGGCAUGUGUUAAGUAUGGGUUUUAAUUUUUUUAUUGAGACUGGUCCAAGAAAGGUACAAGCUUACAUGACAAAAGCAGUGGAUUGUGUAGACUAAGGUUUGGGCUUAUGCAGUUCUGAUUAAGAAAAACAGAAAACAACAUUUCAAACUCCUUUGUUUCCGAUUCAUUCUAUUGUCAUUUUACGCUUCAAUGUGAGAAUGUUGGGCAAUACAGAAUCUCAAUGUACUGUAAAACACAAUAUCCAGAUUCCUCUACUGCUAUGCACCCCUAUCUUUCUGUACGGUACAUGUCAAUUUCUAUAUCCAGGGCUUGUUCUGGUAUCUAAUUUAGGAACACUGUAGAAGAAUGAAACUAAUAAUGUUUUAAGUCCAUUGUAAAAUAAACCAUUUGUA